UUUUCGCUGUCUUCGCUAGAACGCACACCCUAAACCCGUAGCUUCCUUUCUUGCUCGCAUUGUAUCGUGGACUACCCAGUAGGCUUUCCUCUAGAGUAGACGGUAUUAGUUGCUGUUCGGGGUUAUUUACGUUGCAGAAUAUUCAUACAAUCAACCGCCAUUUAAAUUUUUACUGCUUAUUCGGAUUCCUGACAUUAUUCAUCUGUGGUGGAAAAAGGGAUGUGGAUAAACGGAUGGUACUACUUUUGGAUGUUAAUAAUCUAAACUGUUGUCAGUGUUCAUUACGUUCAGCAGAGAAAAAAACUAGCGAAGGACGGAAAUACCUUUCGGCUGAAUCAACACAUGUGCGGCUGCUGUAAUUUGCUUACUGACAAAUAUUCUUCCCUUGAAGCAUAUUGCGAAAAAUGCUGGUAAUUACUGGAGCUGAUUGUACGGUCGGCAAUCGCAAGAUUCACAGCCGAAUUUGGAUAAUAUUAUAAGGAUCUGGCGCUCGCUGCGAUGAAGCCGAAUCCCUGGAUUAAUUAUCUUUGGCUGUGCGCUAUCAUUAUUUUUCCUUCCGCGUUGAGUGUACCCCGUAUUGCUCUCUUCGUGGGGGAUGAUGUCAUUGAAGCGCCGGUGGUAUUAAGUCAGCUGGCUUACAACGGGACACUUGUCGAUGAGAAUAUUUCGUUUGUGAACCUGUCGGAGAAAGACCAAUUCUACAAUGCUAAUCAAAUCUGCAGCGCCCUGCGCAACGGGACGUGGAUCAUGGUGGCCCUCACGAACCCAGACGUGGCGGCGCAACUGCAAUGGUACAGCCAGGCCAUGCAUGUCCCUCUGGUCAUGAUGUCGUCCUUCUACCGGCCCGUCUUCCUGGAUUCCGACGACCUAGUCAAGCCGGCACCGGCCCCUUCUUUCCAGCUCAAUAUGCGCCCGCCCACGAUGCGCGCCGUCAUCGAUCUCGCUACCAAGGUGUACAAAUGGGAAUAUGCGCUCUAUGUCACCGACUCCAAUAAGAAACUGGAUCAGGCGUUGAGUCUAUACUAUGCGCACACCCAGACCGGUGCCCUGGACAAUUUUUAUUUGUCCUUUUACCUAGCGCACUCCUCCGAAUGGACCGUUAAUUAUCUGCUCAAUUCUAUUCUGCUGGAAGGUAUAAAAGAAUGGCGCAUUAUACUUGACACUCCGUCGUCGCAGGCCAGUGAGAUCAUGCGCAGCUUGCUAAGCAGUGAUACGGUCCGGCAACGGAAAUUCCACUUUAUCCUGGCUGCUCUGGACUUUGAGAACAGCAACUUCGGCAUCCUGCAGUACACAUCCAACAGUCUGACCUGUUUGACCUUAAUCGACAAGAAAGACAUCCAGUAUAACAAAACCAGCCAAGGUGACGGAAAAACAAUGACGACUCUCCUGGCAUUGGCCAUGGAUUCCAUCGAUCUGGCACAUGCGGCAGUCCAACAGGUCGCUAAUGAUCCGCCAUCCGUACAGUCACUGGACUGCACAGCACUGCCGUACAACACCUGGUACGAUGGAGAGCAAAUGCUCAAAACACUGCGUCAGACGUCGGUGGACAAAUUAACGGGUCCGACGGAGUUCGACGAGGGCGGCUACCGCAAGGAAUACGAGCUGAAUAUUGUCGAGAUGCUGAACGGCGGCGAAAUGUCCCAGAUUGGUACGUGGAACGACACCUUCGGAUUGCACAUAACCAAAAACAAGAAAGCAGAUGAAAAGAACAGUACCAUACGUGUUGUCGGAUUCUAUAUGGAUCAGUUCCUCAACGUGGCUCCCUGCAACCACUCGACCGUUACACAAAGACCCAUCAAGGACCCGGACGCGGUGCAGGCGGUGAUCGGAAGAAAUGUCACCGGAUUGUGCUAUGAAGGAUAUAGUGUGGAUCUGCUGGACUAUUUAGAGAAGGAUCUCAAGAAAUUUUACGACUAUAACUUUGUCUUCCACAUGUCCAAGGACAAUGAGUACGGGAGGAAACUGGAUAAUGGGACAUGGAUCGGUGGUGUUGCUGAAAUAAUACACGGUACAGCCGAUAUGACCAUUGGCGAUCUGAGCAUAAUCUCCGAGCGGGAAGCCGUGGUGGACUUUACCAUUCCCUUUAUGAACGAUGCCUACGUGGUUAUGAUGAAGACGGUUACCGGCCGGCAGGUGCGCAUGUUCAGCUUUCUGGAUCCGUUCUCCUGGACUCUGUGGCUGUCCAUUGGACUGGCCCUGAUGAUCACCUUCCUGAUCAUCUUUAUUGUUGGGCGCAUUGCGCCGUCAGAAUGGCAUCUGUCCAAUCGCUGCGAUCCCCGCGCGACCAAUGGCCUGGUCAACGAGUACACAGCCGAAGAAUCACUGUGGUUUACAAUUGCGACGCUUCUGCAACAAGGACCCAACAUUGAGCCAAGAGCCGUUGCGACGAAAAUCGCGGUUGCUGCCUGGUUUGCCUGGUCCAUGAUCGUGGUGGCGACCUACACCGCCAAUCUAGCGGCUUUCCUCACGGUCAAUCGCAUGACCUCGCCCAUCCAGACCAUCGACGACCUGGCCUAUCAGGAUCCCACCAAAGUGGAGUAUGGCUACGAUAUCCUCAACGUGGCCUCGGCGCAUUUCUUCAAUGUGUCCAAACAGAAAGUCUACCAGACCAUGUAUAGCAACAUGCUGUCGCAUCCCGACUGGAUCACCGGGGACCAGAAGAACGGGACGGAGCGGGUGCGCCAGGGGGGCUACGCUUACAUUGCGCCGCGCAGCUAUGUGGAUUUUGUCAACAGCGGCAAACCCUGCGAUACCAUGACACUGGGACUACCGUUAUUCUACGAUAAUUACGCCAUUGCCGUGGCGCGAGACUCCAUUUACCGCAAGAUCUUCUCAGAAUCGCUGCUGCGCUUAAACGAGAAUGGGAUUCUCAAAAUGCUGGAGACCCGGUGGUUUUCCCGCGAAAUGAACGAUGAAUGUCGCGCUCAAAGGGAGAAGGACAGUAAAGCGGAUUCCAGUGAUCUGAGUUCACUGAGCCCGAUGGAUUUGACCGGCUUAUUUAUAAUCUUAGCCGGUGGACUGCUGAUAUCCUUAAUAGUGGCUAUUGGGGAAUUCCUCUAUCGCGGGCGUGCCAAAUUCCGCGCGUACAAUAUAUCGCUGGAUAGUGUGCUACUGCUUUUGGGCAAACACGAUCAGCCCAAACGGCCACUUCCGCUACCACCCAUUUCCGUACUUAAUGGACGUUUACGGAAUGGUUGGAGGAGAGGAACGCAGGAUUCGACGCAGAGUGAUACGAAACUAUAGGAUGUUCAACACUUCCAGUUAAAUGCUGCAGCCGGAUGCAUUAUACAGCAAGAUCUGCCGGCAAACUUGAUGCUCAAUUGUUAUCUGAAAAAUACUACAACGAGAUCGCUUUUGUUUAGUUAUUUAUUUUAGGGAGAAUGUAUCUCCAGGUUCUUUACACCAAAAUUGCGUAUUUCCAUUGCAAUUAAGUGGCAUAGCUUGCAAAUGGCUGUGGUGAACGUUGUUAAGUUUGUAUUUGUUUGUUGACUGGGAUGGGAAAGGCAUAAAAACCAAUAAUAAUAACAUAGGUA